ACUCAUUGUACAUUAAAAGCGCCUUAAUAAAAAUAUCAAGUUAUAUGUCUAUGCUAGGAGAAGUACGAUCUACGAAAAGAAAACAUGAAUCGUUUUGAUAUUAGUUUGUUAUGGAAAUUAUGGUUAAUCAGUAUAAUAAUAGUGAAUUGUAAUGCUGCCGUACCAAAAGAACUAUAUCAGAAUCAGAUACCUACACAAGGAUUGUAUAAUACUAGUGAUGAUGUCGUUAUUUUAAAUGUCACUAAUUUUAAAUCAUCCGUCUAUGAAGAUACAAAAAGUUGGUUAGUCGAAUUUUAUAAUAGUUGGUGUGGUUAUUGUCUUCGAUUUGCACCAAUCUGGAAAGAUUUUGCUAAUGAUAUUUAUGCAUGGAAAGAUAUUGUAGUAGUUGCUGCAAUAGAUUGUGCAGAUGAUGAUAAUAAUCCAAUUUGUCGAGAAUAUGAGAUUAUGCACUAUCCCAUGCUUAAAUAUUUUUCUGUAAAUGCACAUUCACCAUCAUUAGGAUUAGUAAUGGAGAAAUAUAAUAAACUUAAUGAACUCAGACAUAGUUUAAUAGAUUUAUUAGAAAGAGAACAACAAGAAGGAAGAGGUAUUUCAUGGCCUAAUAUAGCACCUUAUAGAAAUUAUGAGACAACAAACAUAUGGAAAGCUAUUCCAAAUACAGUAAAAUAUUUCUUUUUACUAUUUGAAAAAACAGAUUCACAUUUGGGUGCAGAAGUUAUACUAGAUAUGCAUAAAAUUAAAAUAUUACAAAUAAGAAGAGCAUUAUCUGAUAAUGAAUUAUUAUGCGAAACAAAUAAAAUCACAAAUUUUCCAAGUCUAAUAGUUUUAAGUCGUAAUGAAACACAAAAAAAUCUUAAAAUUAGAAUACCUACAAGGGAAGGUAUUUAUAAUGUUAUUAAAGAAUUUAUAACUUCUAAAGGAGAAAUUAUUCAUGAACAAAAUGUUUUCAAAAAUCAUUCAAUAAAAAAUGAAAAUCAUAAAUUAAAUAUUAGCACUCCAAAACAAUUACAAGCAAUAGAACAGCAACAAAAAAAUACUGAAAUAAAUGGAGACUAUUUAUAUCAGCUUGAUUUGGAAAAUACAUUAAAAUAUUCAAUUUUUCAUGAAAUUCCAUUACAUAAAAUGAUAAAAGAUAAAAAAAUGGAUGCAUUAAAAAAAUAUUUAAAUGUAUUAACUGAAUAUUUUCCUUUAAAAUAUGGUAACAUUUUUUUAGAAACUAUUAGAGAUAUUAUUCUAAAAAGAAGUAAUAUAUCUGGAGAAGAAUUUAGUCAAAUAGUAAAAUCUAUAGAAGAAGAAAUGUCACCCAUAUACUCUGGACCAUCAAAAUGGAUUGGAUGCAAAGGAAGUAAAGAAGAAUAUCGUGGAUAUCCUUGUGGUCUUUGGACAAUGUUUCAUAUGUUAACAGUUAACUUUGCUAUUCUAAAUAAAGAUGCCAAACAUGAACCAAGAAAAAUAUUAGAAGCAAUGUAUGGAUAUAUACAAUAUUUUUUUGGUUGUGCUGAUUGUUCUCAACAUUUUGUUCAAAUGGCUUCAAAAAACAAAAUGUUUGAAGUAUCAAAUAUUAAUGAUAGUAUUUUGUGGUUAUGGUCCGCUCAUAAUGAAGUAAAUGCAAGACUAUCAGGUGAUAAUACAGAAGAUCCAGAAUAUAAAAAAAUUCAAUAUCCAGCAAAAAAAUAUUGUCCAAGUUGUAAAUAUGAAAAUAAUACUUGGAAUGAAGAAAAUGUUUUACAUUAUCUUAAAACAAAAUAUAGUUAUAAAAUAAAUUAUUAUAAUUCAGUUAAUACACAAAAGGAUGAUGAUAAUAAGAUGAAAAUAAGACAAGAAAGACUUGUAUUAAAUAAAUAUACAAAUAAUAAGAAAAUUGGAUGGGAUUUUACAAUUUUUGACAUAAGUAUUUGUGUUGUGUUAUAUGUUGCAUCUGCUAUUAUUCUUAUAUUAGUAUGCAUAAAAUUUGCAGUCAAAAGAACUUAUAGAAAACGAAAUUAUGUUAGUUUAUUUGCAAAAUGUGAUUUUUAUUUUUGUUAAUUAAAAUAUUUAAAA